AUGGUCAUUCGCCUCACUGCUUGCAUCAUGGCUUGCGAAGAUUUUGCGAAACGCUUCCUCAGCACAAUCGUGGAGGUCCAGAAAUCUGGGGAAGUGCAUGAGCAGUCCGGCAAGGAACUUAGGAAAUGCCAAGAAGAGCAUGAGAAGAGCAGCGAGAAACUUAGGAAAUCUAUCGAAAAUCUUCAAACAAUGAUCAAGCGCAAUGCAGAAGAUCUACAAGACUUCGUGCAGAACUUGACCCCAGAUCACAGACGCGAGUUGGAAGGACUUAUCCCAAAGAAUCAGCAGAAUCUAUUUCACGAGAUGCUGGAGGUCCGGUCGGCGGAAGAGAUCCGGCGUCUUACUUCUCCCGAAGGCAAGGGGGAGGAUGGAGAUGCGAGUUCAGAUGAAAAACAGGCAAGCGUAAAGGACAAGGACCGAAGUCUGGACACCUCGAGUUCUCCAGAAGAUGAAGAAGACGCAGGUCGAAGUGAGAGUGAUAGUGAGAGUGGGGGUGAGAAUGAGAACGGGAACGCGAACGAGAGUGGAAGUGAGAGUGAGAGUGGAAGUGAGAGUGAUAGUGGGAGUGACAGUGAGAGUGGAAGUGAGAGUGAGAGUGGAAGUGAUAGUGAGAGUGGAAGUGAGAGUGAGAGUGAUAGUGAGAGUGGGGGUGAGAGUGAUGGUAGGAGAGUAGGACUGGAGCCAGGGGCUGGCAUCGAUCAUACAGAGGUUUCUGGAUCGAAAAUGACAUGA